AUGAGAGAAGUCUUAAAAGAAUUUCCAAUUAUCAAAGCAAAGUGCUCAAAUGCAUUACAGCUGUAUAGGUUUCCAAUUUCAAUCAGGAAUAUGAAUAUUACCGAAGUGAGGCAAAAGCCAGUCUCAAAGUUUGUCGAGAUCAAAGCAAGUUUACCGUCCAAAAACGUCUCUGCACUGAAAGUCAAGACACUAAAUGCAGAGAGCCUGUGCUAUCGGGCAUUUCCUGUCCGUUCUUCUGCUUUUUAUUUUGUAAAGUUUGAUGGUGAAAAAGUGCUUCUUUACGAAAUUCAAAAUAUCUACAUGUUUCAGCCUUUUCAUUUUUACUGUCCUUUUGACUACUCGUCUACAAAGCUAAAAAAGGCAGAAAGCAGAGAAGAAUUUGAGCAUAGAAUGAGAAGCAUCAACUACAGGCUCAGGAACGUUGAGAUCGAAGAGUUUACAACUCUGUCUUUUGAAGAAUCCCAAUUUUCCCCAAAGCUAACUAGCAUUUCAACCGACGAAAAAAUGCCAAGUAAAACCCAGCAGCUCGAUUUUAAAAAAAUUGAAGAAACAGUAAAAAGAACCAGAAUAGUCAAUUUAAAGACUCUUGUUCAGAUGUUUUCCAACGAACAGGCAAUAAAAUCAGUGCUUUUUAAGAUGACUGACCCACUGUGUGGGAGAUUCAUAUUGAAAAACAGGUUUUAUGAAAAAUCGCUACAUGAGGUGAGAACUAAGCUUAUUCAACUGUUUAAAGAAAAUGAAACUGUUGAGAUAAAGGACAUAAGGUUUCUUGGGGAAGAGAAAUGGAUGGUUGACGAUAUUGCGGAGAUUAAAGGUAGCGCAUAUUGCCUUAAAGGAUUCAAGGAGAUUGUUGAAUUUGAUAGUGAAUCGGUUAGGAUGGCAAACUUAUCUUCAAUCAGGGAGCUUUUGAAGAUAUGCCGUAUGCUGUCUUCCAGCCAAAUUGCAAAUGAGCUGUCUAUUGAUGAGGAUACUGUAAUUGAACUAGUUUCUAACGAUGGCUUCUUUCACUUAGCAAACAAUGCAUAUACACUGGAUGACGACGGAUAUGUUCUUAAUGAUAUGUUUAAUAUUUUAGCCGAUAAGAAAUCGUUUGAGCUGUCAGAGCUCACUCAAAUAUUGAAAGAAAAGGAGAUAGAUUUUGAAAAUAAUGCACUAGUCGAAGAAAUUAAAAAGUACUGCACCGUGCGUGCCAACAAAUUUUAUUUGAGGCCUAUUAAAGAAUGA